AUGAUUUCACAUCCAAAUACUGGUCAUACCGAUAGAUCUUUUCCAUUAACAGUAGAUGAAGUUAGCAAUUUGGAAAUAGACAUAUUUCAAGAGUCCUUUUCAAUCCAGCACGACCCUACUUCGAGACAAUCCGAAUUAAUUCAUGUGGAUAGUAAUAAACCUCAGUAUUCAGGAAUAUCCAGCACAAUCCUUCUUCGAGACAAACCGGAUCAGUUUGUGUGGAUAGCAGGAAUAAAUCGGAAGAUCCAGUACAACCUUUCUCUGAGAGAAAUCAAAUUAGUUUAUGUGGAUGAAUUGGAGCAAUUACUCCAGAACGAAAAAGAACAGUUGGAAACAGAUUUGGAAUUCAAGGAUCAGACAAGAAAAAGUCUGCAUAAUACACAUAAGUCCCUGAAAGACGAGGUGCCAAAUAUCAAUUCGCUUUGGGAGAGGCAAAAUUUCGUUUUGGAGAUCACGUCAGACGAAAAACUUUUGAAUAAGUAUGGAUAUUCUGCCAAAACCACAGGAAAGAAACUCAACAAGCUCCUAAUCCAAGGUGACUUGCAGCAACUUAUCAUCAGAACGGUUAUUGAGAAGCCAACGAGCAACUCAAAAUCGAAGGAAGCCAAAGCAAACGGGCAACGCAAGACUAAAGGAAAGGAUAUGCAAUAUCUGGAAGCAAAUUUGAUUCUACAAUGCAUAAGUUUCUAG